AUGACAGCUGCAACUGCUACUUACGAAGAAAGGGCUGCGAAGCAUCCAAGCCCAGUCGCUUCCAAAUUGUUACACUUAAUGCAAGAUAAGCAGACUAAUUUAUGUGCAUCAUUAGACGUUCGUACAACCGCUGAAUUGCUGGCAUUGGCAGAUACUUUAGGACCUUAUAUAUGUCUCCUAAAGACGCAUGUUGAUAUUUUGUCGGAUUUUAGCAUGGAAGGGACCGUGAAGCCUUUGAAGGAAUUAUCCGCAAAGCAUAGAUUUCUGAUCUUUGAAGAUAGAAAAUUCGCAGAUAUAGGCAACACCGUUAAACUACAGUAUUCUUCAGGUGUUUAUGAGAUUGCGAAAUGGGCAGACAUUACGAAUGCACAUGGUGUUACCGGUCCAGGUAUUGUAGCAGGCCUAAAACAAGCUGCUGAAGAGGUUACUGAAGAGCCGCGGGGAUUGCUUAUGUUGGCAGAGCUGUCAUCCAAAGGAUCUCUGGCCCACGGAGAUUACACCAAGGGUACCGUGGAGAUCGCCAAAACUGAUAAAAAUUUCGUCAUUGGUUUUAUUGCCCAGCAGAGCAUGGGGGGCAGAGACGAAGGUUUCGAUUGGCUAAUCAUGACUCCCGGUGUUGGACUUGAUGAAAAAGGCGAUGCGUUGGGCCAACAAUACAGAACUGUGGAUGAUGUUAUGUCCACUGGAUCAGAUAUAAUUAUCGUCGGUAGAGGACUAUUCGCCAAAGGCAGAGAUCCAAACGUCGAGGGUGAACGUUACAGAAAAGCCGGGUGGAAUGCUUAUUUGAAGAGAUGUAACCUCGUUUCUCAAGAUUAA